GACUAACUUAUUGCACUAUGAGCUUAGUUAAACCGCCGUACCCUAUCAGAACCCCAAAUAUAAGCUUGUUUUACGCCAUUGUUUUUAAAUGUGUAAUUGUGAACUAACACUGUAUACUAUAGCCUCAAAACAUGGCUAAAACUAUCAUGUUGAUGUCAUGGAUGGAUGGUCAGUCGUGCCAUGCCUUCAUAGCGGUCACCUUUCUCCAGCCCCAUCCCUCAGCUGUUUACCAAAUAUAUGUCGAGUUUCUGCUUUGUUGUUUGAACUAUAGUGACUUUCUAAUAAAAUAGCCUCCUCCCCUUAUCGGUCGUCACUAGAUACCACAAAUAUAAAGUCAUCAACCCCGCCUAUUUCUGCAAUUUAUCUUUUUUAAAUGGUGGGUUUAAAUAUAAUAUUUACCCUAAUUUUAACCACACAGCUAACCUUAUGUCAAACCUUAAAUUAAGACCAAAAGACACAUUUUAUUUUUCAAUAAUUUUUGCGAUAUAGCCCAUUUUGACUUUGUAGCUGUGGUAACUAGUGGAAACCCCUUAUUUAUCGCAUGCUGUUUAGUUUCACUUUCUCUUAUUUUAGCGAUUGGGAUAGAAGACUUCAAACCACAACAGAAAAUAAUCCCACAGCUGCAGGUGGCACACAAGAUGAAAUACUACACAGUUGAGACUGGCAAUACUUUGGAUUCUCAUAUUCAGUUUAUGAGACGACUCAACACCACAAGAUGUCUUACGGAAGUGAAGUCGCCAGUGGAGAGUGAUGUCAUCAUGGCUUUCUGUCCCAUCGUCUCCCGCGCCGGGACUGAUAUUGAAGCAGCACUGCAACAGAUUCCAACUGGUAAAGAUGUCAUUAUGGUAGUGCUGCAUCACACCUUCAACCCAGACUCCACUGUACCUGACAGCAGCAGACUAGUGACCAGAAGUGGUGUAAUACUCACAGUGGACUGUCUGUUCCAUGAGAGCCAUGGAGGACUCCUGGAGUGUCCUCGCAAUGAUGCAGCGGUCAGCAGGGUUCUGAAGAAGCUGAAUGUACAGCCAAAGAUUGGAGCUGAAGAACGGAUCAGAAUCCCUGAGCAGAGUAACAUGCUGACCGAACAUUCUGGCUUUUUAGCUGAGCUUCAGAGAAUUGCAAUGUGGGCAGUGUCUUCAGUCUACAACUACCUCUGUAAAGGGCUGUCAUAUGUGAAGUGGCGCUUCUGAGACAAUAAUUAGGUUCCAGUAGUUUCAAAAUCCACGUCCCUCUUCAAGACCUCGUUCCAGAAGUGAUUUUUAAAGCAGUUCCAUUUUUGUACCAACAAUGAAGACAUGAGAAUUGUUUUUAGGGAUUACAUCUUUAAUUUCAUGGUCUACUUAAGAAAAUGUCUUUACCUUUGAUGUUAAGACAAUUUGCAGUUGUAAUGUAUACAAAUUGGGGCCGAUAUUAAACAUUUUCAAAAAAAUGAAUGAAAAAGAAUAAAGAUACAGGAUCUGUGGAAGGGCA